GUGGUGCUUUAAAUGGAGAUCUAUUUAAAGCGAGCCUAAAUUAGAAGCUCACUGUGACAGAGGAAUGGAUGGAAAUAAAAGAAAUGAGCAAUUCUCACAGCUCAAACUAACUUUUCUCCUUUUCCACUUAGAAAAGGGAAUGACUAGAAAGGAACCUCAGCUGUGUCUGUGCUGGCUAAGACAGACGUGUUUCUAAAUGCAGAGAUUUGUAAUAAGGCCAUCAUAUACAUAUACAGUUGAUCAUGUACAUCUUAAAUUUAUAUUCUUUUUUUUUUAAUUGAUUAUAUUUUAUGGCAGUUAUUAGUUGUUUUAAAAUGAUUCCAGUCACACUAAUGGAAUUUUUUUAAAAAUAGGAAAUUGUUAAUUUCCUAAGAUAGAGAUAAAGAACUUAUUUAAUUAUAAAUGCUAUUGGCCUGAGAACUGCAAUGUUAAUAAAACUAGGAAAAGCCAUUUGAUGGUUGUAAUAUUUGAUGGUACAUAUUUGAAUUGUUGGAAUCUGCUCAUAAAAUAAAUGCAUGCUGUGAACAUUUGAAUUUUUUUUUUUUUUUUAGACUGGAAGGUGUCUCAGGCUCAGGGUUUGGAAUCAUCAAGGAGGUGUCUGAGAACCCCAGUUGAGAUAACAGUGCUCCAGUGUAGCAGCUCUUUUUCAUGUCAAAAAGCAAACAAUCUCAAAUGGCUCAAAAAGCUUCGACAUUUCUUUGGAGCAUUGUAGUUAGCAUCAGAUCAGCUGCUCAGCUCCCAAUAGAUGCUGACCUGGACUGUAAUUGUGCACUGGUUUACGGUUUAUUGGAGUAAUACAAUAUAGUACAAUGUGCUUCAGAUGACCGAUAAUGCAAGUCCUACAUAUUGCUUAUCACUUGGACAAAGACAUGCAGGUUGUGUCCUCACCUAGAGAAAGCAAGAGGUGGAGCCGAACAAACCUUUAUAGCUAAACCUCUGCAACCUGAGGGCAAACAUUGUCCCUGAUCACACAGCAGAAUGAAAGGCCUUGUGUUCCUGUGCCUGAUUGGAUGUUCUCUUGCAAACGAUGCUGUAUACUCUUGGAAUGGCCCCGGAGAGCCGAGUCAGCCAGAUCCUGGCACUGGCAACAUUUGUCUCACUGACUCUGACACCUGCAACUGUUGCCUGAUGCAAACGCAGAUGAUGAGAAUGGAGAGUUUCUUCAACAUGAGCCUGAAUGAGAUGCGCAAGAAUCUGGAGAAAGCUGAAACUGCUCUGAACUAUGUGCGCUCUAGCCGCAGUGCCUUUUCAGUGGCACUGACUGAUGUUCGUCGAUGCCUGACAUCCAGCCGAGAUGACAUGGUAGUGAAGUACCAGUCUAUAUUCAUUAACUUAGGUGACGGAUACAAUAUUAGUACAGGUGCCUUCACAGUCCCACGUUCAGGGGUCUAUGCACUGGCUCUUACAGUGUACAGUGACGCAGGUGCCCCUGGUGCCCUCUUGGCUGCCUGUGUUCGUUUGCGUAAAAAUGGUCGGGUGAUUGCAGCACUCAGUGAGUACAACACACAGGACCAGGAGGACAGUGCUACCACCGUCCUGGCAAUGCAGAUGCAGGCUGGGGAUAAAGUGGAUGUGAUUCUCCCUUCCGGCUGCAACCUGUGCGAUGACAACAGCCAUUUCAACACGUUCAGUGGCUUUUUACUUUAUGCUACAGAUUAAAAAAAUUUUAUUCUCUGAUCCCAUGUCUGUGUUCAGUGGCUUUUUACUUUAUGCUACAGAUUUUAAAAAUGUUUCAUUCUUUGAUCCCAUGUCUGCGUUCAGACUUUUGCAGUGAUCCUCAUGAUCUUUCAAAAUCAAGGCUAUGUAUCCAUUGGCUCCCAAAUCCAAUUCCUGAUCAGUUUGUUGGGUUUCCAGUUAAUAAUUAAGCUCCAGGUUCAGCAUGGCUGCCACAGGUUUAAUGUAUACUGUGUAAAAUGGGCAUUCAAAAAACAGUUUCUUCUUCUUCUUUUUUUCA